UUUUUUCCCUUCCCGCCGUUGCGUGCGUGUCCGAGCGGUGCGCGGCUCCCCGCGGUGCUGGACCAGCUGGCGUUACAGGAGCCCUGAUGUCUUCAUCUGACUCCCCGCAGUUGUUGAUGGAGUGUCUUUCUCAGAUUUCCAGCCAGGGUCCCAAGAGCAGCACCCAGAGCCAGCUCCCGUUGCCAGGCGGCUCGGGCCGCUCUCGCCGCUGCUGAGCGCGGCUUCGGGACCGGAGCGGGCAGAGACCCCCGCGACGCCGCUCCUGCCGGGGACACAAGCACCUGCGGCGGCGACGGGGGAGGCUGCCGGGGAUUGUGCUGGUGGCUUCCCUCAGCCUCCAUCCAGACCUGCGACCUUGUGUGUCCCCCCACUGUUCCUCCUCCACACGUCUCCCUCGCACACACACCACCCUGCGCAAGGAGAGUCCCGAUCCUGACCUGGCCCGUAUGUAUCGCCCGUCCGGCCGCUCGGCUCUCCGGCGUUGAUGUCCAUCUCGGGUCCGGCGAGACCAGCUCAGAGGGGCCCGUGUUGGAAGGAGAUCUAAGAUGAAGUUAUGGGAUGUUGUGGCUGUCUGCGUGGUGCUGCUCAACAUGGUCUCCACCUUGCCCCUGCCCACCGGUAAGACGCCUCCCAAGGGGCCCCCUUCAGUGAUAGAGGGGCCUGAAGAUGAUCUCUCCCCCAUCAACCUGCUGCCUCCCUAUGCUGUGCACAGUGACUCUAAUAUGCCAGGGGAUUAUCCAGAUCAGUUUGACGAGGUAGUGGACUUUAUUCAAGCCACCAUUAAAAGGCUGAGGAGGUCACCGGAUAAACAGACUCCAGUUUUUUCUAGGCGGGAGAGAAACCGGCAAAAUGCAGCCGCAAACAUAGAGAAUUACAGCAAAAAGGGAAGGAGGAAUCAAAGGGGCAAAAAUCGGGGAUGUGUCUUAACAGAAAUACAUUUAAAUGUGACCGACUUGGAUUUGGGAUAUGAAACCAAAGAAGAGCUAAUUUUCCGGUAUUGCAGUGGAUCUUGUGAUGCAGCUGAGACCACCUAUGACAAAAUUUUAAAAAAUUUAACCAGAAAGAAAAAACUAGUCACUGACAAAGUGAGGCAAGCUUGUUGCAGACCCACAGCCUUUGAUGAUGACCUGUCCUUUUUGGAUGAUAACCUGGUUUACCACAUACUGAAAAAACAUUCCGCAAAAAGAUGUGGAUGCGUCUGA